UGUCUCUAUCGUUGCACAUAAACGAAUUUACCACUGAAGUUGCCCUAACUUUACCCUUUCCCUUGGCUCCCAAACUCACAUCUCACCAUUCCCAAAAUAUAUACAAAUUGCCAGCUUCCUCCCUCUUCCAGACUUUCCGUCUCUUCUUUAACAAUCACCACUGUAAUUCCUUACUUGUCAGUAAGGCCCUUUGGGAGUAAAGCCCUGAUUUUUUCUCUGAGGGUUGGACUAAUACAUUGCCCUAAUUCCGUAUAAGAUCAUCUUUCGACGAGUAUCAUCCACAUUAUUUCUGCACAGCUUUUGUGUGAUGUAUUUCCACAAGCUCCGCUGAGAAUUCUGCUGCCCGAUGGUGACUUUGUAAAGCUCUGGUCGUAUUUGGACUGUGGCAUCGUCGGAAUCUGAGUACAUCUUGGUUCAUUAACUGCUUCAGUGGUGGUGACGACCUGUAAGAAUAAAAAACGUACUCAAAGCAGGAUCAGGUUGGCCCACUGGAGUUUUCCCUGUUAUUCGCCCAUCCUUUUGUUCACCCUGCUCUCGAUUGGCAUUUCAAAACAAGGAUCGACGAGAACUUCCAGUACAUGAGGAAAUAAUUCUGGCGUUUAUUUGUGGACAUCGUUUUAUGGUAAUUUGUUUCAUAAUUAUGUAUGUGGCAAACAAUGAACACACAAAAACAUAAUAGGAGAGGUCAGUAGCCACACACAGUUAAACAUUUCAUCUGUGCCUCCUCUGUGCUCUUACUCUUGCCGAUGACAGAGUUGUACAAAAUAAUAAUAAUAAUACUAAUAAUAAAAAUUUACCUUUGCCAUGCUGCUAAAGUGUCUAGGUAAGAAAACAUUGCACUGUUGUUCCAUUUGUUGUUGUUUGAUUGCCUGAAAAAUUUAAUUUUCUUUUUGACAUCUUGUAAUGAUUGCCAACUGAAUUUUGUUGCCACAUUAUACUGCAUCAAAUUCUAACAUAUGCCUCUUUAUUGUGACUCAAAUGAAGAACAUUUAAGUUGCCAGUUUCAUUUAAGUUAAUAAAAGUUGCUGUGGUGCUGAAAUAAAUUAAUUGCCUGUAUACUUUAUUGUGCUAUGUAGUAUAGUCUGUUGCAGCAUUUCAAGUGUUCAGGUUUGUCUUAUAUAUAGGAGCACCUUUUAUGCUUAUUGUGCUGUUAUGCUUAUUGAGUGUAAUGAUGUAAGUAACUAAAAAGAUAAGGAUCCCUUUGCAAUCCUUUAUGUUUGUUAGCAUGAAGCCAUGAACCCAUUUGUAUCCUUUGUGCUAAACUAGGUUCUUUAUUUGCGAAUGUUUAUUGUUGAGGUUGCAUUAUCCCUUGUGCUGGCUUAAACCAGGUUCUUUAUCAAAUGUUCUUGGUGCUUAUUUUACAUGGAUAUUUCAUGAUUGUCAUUUUGUGUUGAAUUUAGGUGAUCAAUGAGGAUGAUGCUCAAAGGAAAUUGGAUUUUGGCAUAUAGCUAAUUUCAUUUCACUUGAGUGGAUCGUGGAGGUUUUAGGUGUUUUGAUUGUAUUUGUAUUGUUAGAUUAAAACUUUUUCUUUUGUAGAUUAAGUUUCACUGACGUUGGAUAACGAUGGUUGUACUAUUGAUUGCAUGAAUGAAAAUUAUCUGGCUUUGGGUUUUGGUACAUGUUUCUUUAGAUUCUUGAAAGGUUAUUGAUUACCAGUUGUUUUAAAUGUUUGGCACUACAUAUUGGGAUGCUUAAGAACGUCGAUUAUAACAUUGGAUGUUUGAAUGUUAGGACGUAUUAAAGCUUCCUGUUAGAAAAAGAAAAAACUGUGUCAGGACGUGAUUAGAAUGUCCCAAUAUCACAAAUUUAGUGGGAUUCUUUGCUUCAAUGAAACGCAAAUGCGCGUAUCGAAAACCUAUUGGGACCGUUAGCUGGAGGACGCUAUUGUAUGUGUCCCAAAAGCCAAUGCGUCUGAUUCACUUGGACCCUUGUACGACCUUUUUGUUGUAGUGUACCAGGAAGUUUUUCCAUGUUGGUUCAGCUUUAAACAAUGUGACCACAUCUGAAAUACUUGGUCUUUGUCACCUGGAAAUGAUAUAUACAUUGAUAUAUACACAAGGUGUAAAUGAUUUUUAUUCAGGGAAAUGAUGUAUACAUUGAUACAUCUUCUCACUUCAAAAUUGCAGAUUGCCUAACGAUACUCAUCAAGUUCAGAUGGGUAGGGGUAACGGAUCAGAUGAUGAGUACUCCGUGAUCGGUGAGAAAGGUGAUCUUGGCUUCAUUGACUUUGAGAAAUGCAAAGACUCUUGUAGCUAUAAUCCGGCUGAAGAAAGUGACAUAGUUACCAUAUCUGUACCGUUCCCCUUGGUUGGAGGAAAGCCUCAAUCAGGAUUGGUUGGAGAGACCAUUGUUGAUUCGGUCACAAUUCACAAUAAAACUAAUGGGUCAAUAGACAUUUGGUCAAUCAAUAUUUAUGAUUCAAAACCUGAGGGCUCAUUCACUCUUUCUGUAAUGGAACCACCGACUCCGACUUCAGAUGCAGAGUGUGCCCAAAGAUUCCAGGAGUCAUUUUCUCUGGAGGAUAGAGUGUUACAGCCAGAACGGGCUCUAACCAUUUGGUUGUCGUGUAAACCUAAAGGAAUUGGAUUGCACACUUCAGCUGUACAUUUUAGCGUUGGGGAUGAGGUAAUCGAACGUGUGGUUUUCAUCAUGGCUGAAGAUAAGAUCUCCCAGUCUUUGGCUUCUGGCAGGCCAUUUAACCAGGCCAGGAAGAAAAAACAAUCAGGUCCUGGUAGAGGUUCGGCAGAGCCAUUUGUGGCGUGUCCACGCCCAAUUGGGACUCAAAAGCGUUCAUCUAAUUAUAGACUUCCGACAUAUGCAAUCCCAAAGGAUAUCAGGGACUUGCUAGGGCAGAAGCAAGUUCCUGAUGCUAUUUAUGAUGGUUUGACGAGGCAGAACUAUGUUUUCUACUUCCAUACACUGCUAGCCUUGGAAGAGAUCAAAAUGGAGGAGGACAUGAAUCAAUAUGAUAUGGAGUACGUUACGUUGAAGAAAAAGGGGUUCCAGUUUUUGUCCCUUGAGGUUCCUGGGCUUGCAGAGAAGAGGCCUUCUCUUCUUCAUGGAGAUUGUGUAUUUGCUAAACUUUCAUCAGAUGGGGCAACUAAGAACACUAUUUAUCAGGGUUUUAUCCACCAUGUUGAAGCUGAAGAAGUAUCUCUGAAGUUUUCGGAUGAUUUUCAUGCAAAACAUUGUCCUGGAAAUCAAUAUGAUAUACAAUUCACCUAUAAUCGAGUUGGUGUUCGGAGGUUAUAUCAAGCUAUUGAAGCUGCAUCAGGUUUACAGACUGAAAUUCUUUUCCCUGACUUCUGUAAAGAGAGAAUAAUACAUCCAACUCCUAUGGUUCCUAUGUCUUGUAUGCUUAAUGAGGAGCAGCUUGGUGCAAUACAGAUGAUCCUUGGAUGCAAGGGAGGAUCUCCAUAUGUAAUUCAUGGUCCUCCAGGUACUGGCAAAACUAUUACUGUAGUAGAAGCUAUCCUUCAGCUUUACUCUAAAAAAAGGAAUUCUCGAACGCUAGUAUGCGCACCUUCAAACAGUGCUGCAGACAACAUACUUGAGAAGAUUCUUAGUGCAAAUGGAGCAAACAUCCAGGGCAAUGACAUCUUUAGGCUGAAUGCAGUUACACGCUCUCCUGAGGAAGUAGAUCCAAAGUACAUUGACUAUUGCUAUCUGGAUAAUUCUUUUUUCAGUUGCCCCCCAUUAAAGAAUCUUAUGCAGUUUAGAAUCGUUGUAUCAACAUAUACAAGUGCUUGCCUUCUUCAUGCUGAGGGCAUUAGACGAGGUCACUUUUCACACAUUUUCUUAGAUGAAGCAGGCCAAGCUUCAGAGCCUGAGACAAUGGUUCCUAUUGCUCACUUUUGUCAUGCGAAUACAGUUGUCACACUUGCUGGUGACCCUCAGCAGCUAGGUCCUUUAACCUUCUCCAAAAUCAGUGAAAAUUUUGGACUAGGGAAGUCAUAUUUGGAAAGACUUUUUGAAAGUGACGUUUAUGGCUAUGGCAACAGAAACUACAUAACCAAACUGGUUAGAAACUAUCGAUCCCAUCCAAAAAUUCUUGAACUUCCUUCGAAGUUAUUCUAUGGGGGGAGCUUGAUCCCGUGCAAGAAAAGUGAUGAAAGAUCUUCAACAGCUUUCUUGGACCUUUUACCAAAUGAAGAUUUUCCUUUGCUUUUCAUUGGUAUCCAGGGUUGUGAUGAGAGGGAAGGAAAUAAUCCAUCAUGGUUUAAUAGAGUCGAAGCCAGCAAGGUAGUUGAGAUCAUUGUUCGUUUGAUUGAUGACAAGGGGCUCUGCGAGGAAGACAUUGGUGUAAUAACUCCUUACCGUCAGCAAGUUCUCAAGAUAAGGACAGCACUUGACAAUUUCAACAAGUUCAAUGUCAAGGUUGGUAGUGUUGAGCAAUUUCAAGGGCAAGAGAAGGAAGUAAUCAUCGUGUCUACAGUCCGAUCCACAAUAAAACACAAUGACUUUGAUAGGAUCCACUAUCUUGGAUUUUUGAGCAAUCCUAAAAGAUUCAAUGUAGCUAUUACCCGAGCAAGAUCUUUGCUUAUUUUGGUCGGCAAUCCACACAUCAUUUCGGAGGAUGAAAAUUGGAACGAGCUUUUGUGGUACUGUGCAGACAAUCAAUCUUACGAAGGUUGCUUCAUGCCUCCCAGGCAAGAGGUUGUAGAAGAAGAUCACUCUAUCCCAGCAUCCUAUGAUUACGAGGGAGAACAGCUUGGCCAAUACCAGCAGACAGAUGCAGAAUGCUAUGCAGAUGAGUGGGGAAACAACAAUCAGCCUUCUGGAGACCUGGAAUGGGGUGACGUGGAGGAGGGUGGAAACAACUACCACCCUUCUGGAGACCUAGAAUGGGGUGAUGUGGACGGGGGUGGAAACAACCAUCAGCCUUCUGGAGACCUGGAAUGUGGUGAUGUGGACGGAGGAGGAAACAACCCUCAACCUUCUAGAAAUGUGGAAUGUGCUGAUAAUUCCUUGAACACGACCGAAAAGAUCCCAGAACCAGUUUAUGAUGAAGCUGAAUGGUCUGAUGGCUGGAAAUGACUUAUUCUCAUGAACUCAUGAUCAUGUUUUCAUAUUAAGUGCCUAGCAGAAAUUUUAAAACAAUUUACAUUUUAUCUAAGUUUCUCUAUUGCAGAAACGUUGGCGUUAUGUGUAAGAACUAAGAAGCAGGAACCUGCCAUUUUCGCCUGUAUAAUUACUCAGAUGAAGAUUUCUUAGUAGUACUUUCAGUGGGAUGAAUCUUACAGAUUCCAUUCUACAGUUCCUUCUUUAGACAUAUUUGCUGCAGUGUAAUAGCAAUAGCAUCUCAGAGUAUGCUAUCAGAGCAAAAGAAGAGUCUUUUUUCUCAAAUCUGUGAGUUCGCUGUUCAGGUUCGAGAGAGUUUCAUCCCUGUUAGGUGGUUAAUCACAUUAGCUAGGCAAUUGUCCUAACUGCAACAAGGAUUAAGAUGAUAAGAAUAAAUAGAAAAUGAAAACAAAGUGAGCCCAA